GGGGGAGAGACGGUUGGGCCGGAGACGCGACCAGAGGGGAUGCCGAGCGGCGUGUGAAGCAGGGCUGGUGGAUACCCGCGGCGCCCGCCCGCCCGCUCGCUUCGCUUCGCUCCGGACCGGGAAUGUUUUCCAGAAAGGGCCAUGGAGACGUCAAGAAAUCUGCACAGAAAGUUCUGGACCCGAAGAAGGACGUGCUGACCCGUCUCAAGCACCUGAGGGCUCUCGUAGACAUUCUAGAAAGAAGUGAACUCAAGCAGUUUUUUGAAACCAACUACUCUCAGAUUUAUUUUAUCUUUUUUGAAAACCUAUUCACACUGGAAAGUAGCUUAAAGCAAAAAGGGAAUAAGUCACAGAGGGAGGAGCUGGACUCCAUUCUCUUUCUGUUUGAGAAAAUACUUCAACUUCUUCCUGAGAAGAUCAACAGCAAAUGGCAAUUUCACAGCAUAGGCUCAAUUUUGAAGAAACUUUUGCACACUGGAAACUCAGUUAAGAUAAGAUGUGAAGGGAUUCGUCUCUUCCUACUUUGGAUACAAGCACUGCAAGAGAAUUGCUCAGAUGAACAGUUAAUGAUAUUUGCUUGUCUAGUCCCUGGUUUUCCAGCUGUUUUAUCACAGAUUGGACCAUGUACUUUAGAUACGCUUAUAAACCCCACAUGCAACAUGUCUGAUGCAAAAGUUGCUCCAGAAGAGAUUGCUCCUCUGUUACCACCAGUUUUGGGGGAAAAGCUAUCUGAUGACACAACUUGUUUCUUUCUUCAAGCCCUUUUGAAAUACAUGGUAAUCCAGGCUGCAAGCUUGGAAUGGAAGAGUAAAGAAAAACAAGAAAGUGGUUUUAAGUUUCUUUUUGCCUUGUUUAAGAGGUUUUAUCUUUUCCACUUAUUUCCAUCCUUUACAAAAUUUACCAACCUUUAUGAUCCCUUACUUGAAAUUCCUCAAAUGAGGCCAGCACCAUAUUAUAUUCCAGCACGGAAUAACGAAAGCAAUUACAGCACAAGGGACCAGUACCUGGCAGCUAGGGUGGCAUUUAUUAAAUGGCUUGUGACCUUCUUUCUGGAAAAGAAAUACACCACAAGUCAAAAUACUAAGAAUGGUGGGGAAAUGCUACCCAAAAUUAUUCAGUCUGUGACUGCUAACCCAUUAACUCAGGACAAAGCCAAUGAAUUGGAGACGAAUGGGACUUCAGAACAAGAUCGAUCCCACUCCAACAGCAGUACACUCUCUGACAGAAGACUCAGUGCCUCCAGUAUCUGCAGCAUUGAAGAAGAGCAUCGAACAGCCUACGAGAUGGUUCAGAAAGUACUACUUUCCAAUCGAGCUAAUGUGAAUUUUAUAAAUGAAGUGUUUCACCAGGCUUUUCGUUUACCAUCUUGUGAAGCAUCAGCAACAAAGAAUGUAAUAAAGGUAUAUCGGAAAUGGAUUUUGCAAGAAAAUAAACCUUUAUUUAUGGCAGAACCAGAAAAAAUGGAGAUUGAAGAAGAUGCUGUUGACGAUUUGAAUCAUCUUUCUUCAGUACAGACCGAUGGUAAAAAGCCUGGUGAGCAGUUCAGGCACAGGCGCACAUCUAGCUGGGGAAGAACAUAUUCAUUUACAAAUGCCAUCAACCGGGGUUGUGUUUUUGAAGAGGAAGAUGCAAACAUUCAAGCUGGUACUCAGGCAACUUUACAGGUGUUUUUAACAAAUUCUGCAAAUGUAUUCUUGUUGGAACCCUGUGCUGAUAUUCCCAAGUUCAUGGCCGAUCAGAUGGAUGUGUGCAAGGCAGUGCUGAGCAUCUACAGGCACAUGAUCAUGGAGUUAACCAUGAGCAGAAAGACAUGGGAACAGCUUUUGCGAGUCCUGCUCAAGAUCACUGAAACAGUUAUGCAAAAACCACUGGAUAUGCACAAAAGGGAUAUUUUUGCAGAAAAUAUGUCUGGACUGCUUUUCCGGACUCUCAUUGUGGCCUGGAUCCGGGCUAGUUUAAAUGUUUUUAUCUCCCGUGAACUAUGGGAUGAGCUGCUUUCUGUCCUGUCUUCUCUUACUGCCUGGAAUGAACUGAUUAUUGAAUGGGCAAAAAUUAUGGAUUCACUUACUGUGGUGUUAGCAAGAUGUGUCUAUGGUCUGGACAUGAAUGACCUACCACUGGAGAAGCUGAGUGAGCAGAAGGAAAAAAAGCAAAGAGGGAGAGGUGUAUGUCAAGAUCUUAACAAGGUAACUGGAGUGGGUCGAUCCUUUUCCCUGAGUUGGAGAACUCAAACUGAUUGCCCACCAGAACAUAUGCGAUUCAGAAGUGCUACUACCUCAGGUGCCCCAGGAGUUGAAAAGGCCAGAAAUGUUGUUCGUCAGAAAGCUACAGCUAAGCGAAGCCAGUCUAUCAGCAACUGUGUGCAUCUUUGUGAGGCUUUACCAAGCACUAAAAGUGUUCCUCUACUGCUUCAUACUGUGAGCUCUCUCUUACCUGGCAUCACUCAUGCCUCUUCUUCUCAGAAACUGUCAGAAGAUGAAGAGUUUCAGCAGGCUGAAAAUCUACCAGAUGCAGACCCUCUGAUGGGAGAACAGAAGCUUACACACAGCAGCAGCACUUCUGAUAUUGCAGACCAACUGUGUUCUGAUCUCUUACCAGUGCAAAAAAGGGAGCAUUCAGCCAGCUUCAGUAACUCAGAGUCAAAGACAACUGUUACAGAAAACCGAAAAACUGGGGCAAAAGAGGAUGACACUCCUGUUAUAACAAUACGGAGGAGCAGUAGCCCCGGUGAGCUAGAAAGUAAUGCAGAUACUGUCCAGCCAUCUCAAGCAAAAUUCAGAUUGAGAAAUAAAAGUGAGAGCGUUAGUAGUGAAACAUCCAAUGGUUUUAGUAGCUUCAAUGAAACAGAUGUAUCCCUACCUCCCUGGAAGACCUUCGAUGAAGAAUCAGAAGCUGUGGUAACUGAUGUUGUUAUUGACGCUGAUGCGUCACACAGUUGGCAGCAGUUAUAUCCUUCUGAUGCCAGCACCCUUACAGGUUCUGAUACUGCUCUUCCUACCCUCUCUGCAACUUGCUCACAGCCUCAGCUCCCUUCUCUCUCUCCAACUUUCCCCAUACAAACUGAAUCAAAGGACUCUCCCCCAUUCCUGGAUGAAAAACUGCACCAGUCUGUCUUGCAAAUUCCUGAGGAUCUGGACAGUAGUGAGUGUCUAGCAGAUGAGUGCAGCAUCAUUGCUGGAGGAAGCCUCACUGGCUGGCAUGCUGAUGCAGCUGCCGUGUUAUGGAGAAGAAUUUUGGGAAUCUUGGGGGAUGUCAACUGCAUUCGCUGUCCUAAAAUCCAUGCUCGGGUUUUUGAGUAUCUUUGUGAUCUUUGGCAGAAAUUAGCUAAGAUCAGAGACAACUUGGGUAUUAGUCUAGAUAAUCAGACUUCACCACAGUCUCCAGUGUUGAUUCCACCUCUUCGUAUGUUUGUUUCCUGGUUGUUUAAGGCUACAACUCUGUCCAUUGAAUAUAAAGAGGGCAAGCUGCAGGCAUACAAGCUGAUUUGUGACAUAAUGACAAAGCGUCAAGAUGUCUUGCCAAACAUCGAUUUCUUAGUGCACUUUUAUCAUGUGAUGCACAGAGGGAUUGUAUAUGAGGAUCAGGAUGUCCUGAAUACACUUAUUAAGCACUGUUCACCCCGCUUUUUCCUGUUUGGUUUACCUGGUUUCAGCAUGAUGAUAGGAGAUUUCAUCACAGCUGCCACAAAAGUCCUCAGCUUAGAAACCCUGGAUGCUCCACGUUGUGAAGCGCAGAUUCUUCUUGGCUCUCUGGUCUGCUUCCCUAAUCUCUACCACCAGAUGCUGCUGCUGCAGCCUGUUGCUGGUGCCACUGACAUCAUCACAGGAAAUGAAGACAUCAAGGAUUAUUUGAUAAACAUUCUAAUGAGGAAUGCCAGGAAUGAGACUUGUGAGACUGCACGAUGUAUAGCAGUGUGCAGUAUUGGAAUCUGGAUUUGUGAAGAAUUGGUGGAGUGCACAAACCAUGCUCAGGUCAAAGAUGCAUUGAAUGUGUUAGGAGUGACACUUAAGUUUUCUAACAAAGUUGUUGCAGAAGUAGCUUGUGACGUUCUUCAGCUGCUGGUGACUCAUUGGGAAAGGAUGAAGAAGUAUGAGUUUCAGCUUCCCAAGAAAAUUACUGAAAUCCUUGUAGCCACGAUUGCAUUUCUUCUGCCAAGUGCAGAGCAUUCAUCAGUGGAUAUUGAUAAAAGGUUAAUAGUAUCUCUGUUGCUCUGCCUUUUGGAUUGGUGCAUGGCAAUUCCUGUAGAAACCCUCCUGGAACCUAUUAGUGCAUCUAUUCUGGAGGACCAAAUAACACGAAGAGCACCUUUGCUGGACUAUAUUUACAGGGUAUUGCACUCCUGUGUUUGUGGCUCUCACCUCUUCACCCAACAAAGUCAAUACCUCCUGACCCUUGCUGAUGUGUCCUCUACGGACUACGAUCCAUUUUUGACAUUGGGAAAUGUCAAGAAUUCUGAAUCUACUCAUUCGUACGUCUCCAAGGAUAUUGCUAGUCUUCUUACUGUCACUGAAGGUAAGAAGAAACGAAGUUUGGAACUGAUCCCUCUUACAGCGCGGAUGGUAAUGGCACACCUCAUCAACCAUCUGGGGCACUACCCACUAAGUGGAGGUCCGGCCAUACUUUACAGCCUCAUUAGUGAGAAUCAUGAUAAUCCCCACGUCGAGUCAUCCGAUCUGUCUGCUGAGGUCUUUAAAAGUCCAAAUUUGCAACUCUUUGUGCUUAACGACAGCACCCUAAUUUCCUACCUUCAGAUUCCUGCAGAGGAAGAAAGGACUUUAAGCAGUGAACCAAAGGUUCCUGCCUCAGACGUAAGGGUAAUUGUGCGUGAUAUCUCUGGAAAGUAUUCUUGGGAUGGUCAGAUUUUGUAUGGACCUUUUGACAAUCAGAUGCCUUGUUGUAAAGACUGUAAAACAUCAGUAUCGUCAAACAUAAAUAAGAUGCUUGGCAACCAAUUAGAUACACAGAGAUCAGACCCUGGUCUUUUUCAAGAAGAUGAUGAUCUUGAUAAGCUACUUGAAGACUUGGGUAACAGCAGUCCAGAAUGCCUACCCCAUCCACAGCUAAAUAUAAGUGAGCCUUCUCCAGCACCACUUGGUAUGAGCUGUGAACAAGAAAGAGACAUCAUUGAUUCUAUAAUCAGGCAGAACAAUCAGGAGGAGGAGUACAUUCGCAGAUGGAACAGAGAUCCAAGUAUGAGUGUGGCCUGUCAGAAAGAAUCUGUUCAUCAUGAACCACAGGCACUGUUCUACUAUUGCAAAUUGUUUCUUAACGAUAUGGGAAUGAAUUCCUGGGACCGAAGGAACAGUUUUCAUCUUCUGAAGAAAAAUUCAAAGCUAUUAAGGGAAUUAAAAAAUUUGGAUUCCAGGCAAUGUCGUGAAACUCAUAAAAUUGCAGUGUUUUACAUUGCUGAAGGACAAGAAGACAAGUGCUCGAUCCUUUCAAACACUAGAGGAAGCCAAGCAUAUGAAGAUUUUGUAUCUGGGCUCGGCUGGGAGAUCAACCUGUCCACACAUUGUGGUUUCAUGGGCGGUUUGCAGCGGAAUGGCAGUACAGGGCAAACUGCACCUUACUACGCUACCUCUACUGUGGAAGUCAUCUUCCAUGUUUCCAGCAGAAUGCCAUCGGACUCUGAUGAUUCGAUAACAAAAAAGCUUCGUCACCUGGGGAAUGAUGAAAUUCACAUCAUCUGGUCUGAGCAUACAAGGGACUACCGCAGGGGCAUUAUUCCUACGGAUUUCGGAGAUGUUUUGAUCAUCAUCUAUCCAAUGAAAAAUCACAUGUUUUACAUACAGAUUUUAAAGAAGCCAGAAGUCCCAUUUUUUGGUCCUCUCUUUGAUGGAGCUAUUGUGAAUGGAAAACUUCUUCCUAGUCUUGUCCGUGUCACAGGCAUCAAUGCCAGUCGAGCUGUGAAGACUCUCAUACCCCUCUACCAGGGCUUCUAUGAAGAAAGAGCUCAGUACGUUGAAGCAAUAGUUCAGCAACACAAAGAGAUCAUGACAUUUGAAGAUUUUGCAGCUCAAGUCUUCUCCCCUACCCCAAGCUACUCGCUCAGUAACAUGGGUUCUCUUAGCAGAAGUCUCAGCACUGAAGUGUCGAUAACUGUGGGACCUGACCCAGUGGAUCAGUCCUCCCCACCACUGCCACGUGCCACAAAAAGCAGAGUCUCUGGGAAACUUCGCCGCUCUGCCAGUUCACUCAGCAAAUCUUCAAACUGAAGGACCUCAAAUGGACCUGUGAUAAACAGAGGCCUGCUUUUCAGCCUCUUUGUUUUUCUAACUAAUUUUCUGUCUUAAAAUAACAUCCACUUCAAAUGGAAUUUGAAGCCUUCAUCUUUCUUUGAUGUAAAAUGUAAUCCAGGUGCAGGAAAGCAGUGUUCCAGAUCUUACUCUUUCAGCAGAAGAUGCCCAAUGUUAGUCUAUUCAGAGUUCAAACACUGUACAUUUCAGAGGAAGCCAUUAUGGUUUAAAGGCCUUAUGGUAAUCCCAUUAGCCAUAUUUGGGAGGAUGCCUGAUUUUUCUGGUUGGGCUGUUUCACUAAUCAUGGUAUGGAAUGUCAUGUGUAACAUUAUUAUGUUUCUGUUGACCCAGAAGCCACAUGAAGACGAUAUCAGAAGUUAUCACACUUGCCUGUUUACUGUGGUAUGUUUGGUGUCUGAGACACUACAAAUGAAUGUGGCUCAGUUUGGACACUCUAAACUGUGCAACAUGAAGCUUAACUAUUGUUGGUUGAAGUCUUUUAUCAAUAUUGUAACCAAGUGGAAAAACACUUCUUAUCUGAAAUGUAUAUGAACAAUAGACGGGACUUUUUUUUAAAAAAAAGUGACAGUUUAUUGGUUGAGCUCUAAUUCCAAAUUGAAGUUUGUGUUUCUUUAUAUUUUAAAAAGUUAAAGGAUUGGACAGGGGAGACGUUAAGAGAGGGUUCUUAGUCUGUGUAUGUGUGUGUGGGUGUCACACCCCUGGCAGAAGAAAGGCUUUGUUCAACAGGCACAGAUUGUUCUUGUGCUUUUGUUCUUUUAAUACAAAUAUGUGCUCAGUAUAUUCAAUAUCUGCAAAAUAGAUUUUGUGUUUACCUUGUCUCGUUUACCCAGUUUCCUCGUGUACCCCACCCCCGCGCCCCCAUACUUCUAAAUUAUUUUCUCCUACUUGUUUAUUCCUUGAAAAUUGCUGCUAGACCGACUGGGAAAAGCACCAGAAUCAUUGGAAGAAUCUCAGCUGCCUGGUCACACCUUCUCACCCUGAGUCUCUUGCUAGGAAAUUUGCAUUCAACUUGAGGAGUUGUAUAUUGGGAAAGCUUAGAAAAAGGCUUUAUUUUUAUUUGUUCUGGUUGUUAUAAAAUAAGUCUGCACUGCAUUUUGCUUCAAAUAUUUUACACAUUUGUAACAUUAAAUCAAGGAAAGAAUAAUGUUCAGAUUCUUAUGAGGCCAAACUUUGGUCUUUUUAAUACAUGUUGAACAUGAAAUAUGUUGCCGUUUUAAAGAUUUACAAGCACAAGUAUCACAGGAGAAUGGUACAUACCAAAUAUCCAAACAAAGUGGAAUAAUUCCUCACUGUGCAGGAAACGCACAGCAGGUUAAUCGGAAAGUGAAAGAUGGGGUAAUGUCUGGGAUGUGACCCUUUAUCAGAAUUAAAUCAGAAAUUUAAACCAUAUCAUGGAUAGCAGAUUGGAAUAUGAUGUGGUAAGUUGUAAGGACGAUUUAUGUGUAGUUCUGCCAGUUAAUUGGGUGCCUGUUGCAAAUCGUAUAUCUAAAUUUAAAAUCUCACCCAUCACUGACGAAUAAAAUGUAUGGUUCCUGUUCUCGGUGUUGCAUUCUUCAACUUUUCCAUGUUAUGUUUAAACACUUAGUCGCCAUUCCCAAUUGGACCAUUAUUGUCACAAACAUUAUAAUACCUUUGUGAUGCUCCAGUAAAAACAUCAUUCCAAUUUUGCUCAUUGUCAAUGUUUUCAAUAGAUGAUCAUUAUGCAGUUUGAGGUUUUGCGUCCUCAUUACCAACAAGGCCCUUGGGGAUUAAAAUCUAAUCUGAGCCACAACAACAAAAACAUUGCAUGUUGGCAAUUGUUUCCGAAUUGUAAUUUUUCACCAUUUUGAUGCAUGGAACCAAUAAAGAAGAAAUAGAGGAAGCACAGCUCCAUUUGGUGUAAUUUCUUAAUGUGGAGCUUUGUUUAUAGUGAGGAAUAUCAUCAUAGUGCUUGAAGAUUGUCACAAUUGGAACAGUAGUUCUGUUAACCUUUUGUAUGCAAAUGUUUGCUCUCAGAGCACUUCAUUUUGUAUCCUUGUGUUCCUGUAUGCUUCCUUCAGUUGACAUAAGGGUUGUAGUUUAUUAUUAGAAACUAUAUCUAUGUUGAGGACUCUGUAAACUGAGAAAAAAAUUGUGCUUUCCAUUUUAAAUUUCCAAGGUUUGUUACCUACAGAAAGGGAUUAUUUUAUGUGUAUGUGAUGGGAAUUCAAAUGUUCUGCAGUGAUGUAACCAAUGUGUUUCUCAAUGGAUUAUGUGGCAGUACUGUUUCUGUUGCACUUGUUCUUUGUGUACACGUCAAGUGAAUGUGCUCUUCAGUUGUCCAAUGGACAACACUUUAUUUUUAUUAUAUGUAAAUAUGGAGUAAUAUUUGAUAAGCAGAUUAUAAAAGGCAGUCUUUUUAAGUUAUAAUUCGAUUCUUUCACCAUGUGCUGUUAGCUUGAGUGAAUUUUUGUGCUUUGAAAACACAGCAGAGCCUCAGGCGAUCUACCACCCAAUGUACUCAGUAUAUAUGAUCAUACAAUUGGAGACACAGUCUCAGUGAUAAAGUAAUUCCCGUUUCAUGUGGCAUCCUUGCAUACAAUGCUACAACUGGAAAAUGUACCUUUACAGAUUGGGAUUUGUUGUUAGUUUAAGUUAGUUUAUUUGUUUCCUUAAUCCCUUUUUUUAAACCCGAAUAAUGAAUAUUCUUAGAGGCUUUUUUUUGUAAAGGACAAUGUUUUCUUAAGUAAUGUUUGUGUAACUUUCUAAUGAUAAAUAUUGCAAAGUAGAAUUAAAGAAUUGUGCAUAACCUCAGACAUUUCUUAAUUUCACAGCAUUCUUGGACAAAGGUAAUGUGCUUCUUUUAAUUUUCUAUUGAAAUCUUUAGUUGCUAAAAGGUUUAAGCUAGGGGUUCUCAAAUAUUUUGGGCUCAAGAACCUCCCUUGACAUUAGGCAUCCUGACUGAGGAUACCCAUACAAUAAAUCCAGAGAAAUUGAGUACCUUACUUUAAUUGCAACAACAUUUUAAAAGAAUUAAAGAAAAUAAAUAAAAGUAAUGCUUGCAAUUUUAAUGUAGAUAUCACACAAACUCUGGCUUCUGCAUGCAUAAUGGGAUGGUGUGCCUGGUAAUCUCUGCACAAGUCAUCAUAUCGUGGUUUAAUUCCAGUCAAUGAUACUCGCAAGUCACUUUCCAGAUGCAGAAGUGCUCUAACAAUUGUAAGGUUAGGUAAGAACUUGAGUUGGUUCAUUAUAACACUUCUCAAAUUAUAAGGGACAGGUGAAGUGGGGAGGGGAGAGAAAGAAACAAAUACACAAUCAUUGCUCUCUGCAAAUUUGUACUUUUCUCUAUUAUCUAACUACGCAACCCUCAAAAAGCCUGAACUCCAUAGUAUUCCUUUAGUCACCAACCCUAGGUUUAAUUGAAGAAGUCAUUUCAACAUUUUACUAGUUAUAUUUUUACUGAUGAUGAUUCCCUUUUACCCCAAAGUAUUUUCACACAGACAACAUAUUUGGCGGCCUAGAGCCCAGGCAAUAAGAGCUGAAUGGAAUUUUUUUAAAAAGUAAAUAAAGCAAUGAAAUAUUGAGAUGCUAUGCCUGAUGCUGAAACAGAGCCCUUGUUUUUCCCUUAGCUUUGGGCAGAGAUAGAGGGCUCAGGGCUAUGGUUUUGCCUGGAGACCUGUACUGCGAGAAGCUCUGCGCUCGCUUCAGUUUGGCUUUCUGGACCGACUUCCUCAAAAACCCAUUGCCUUCAUCCACCAGCGGGGAAGGACAUAUCGCCACUUGACAAAUGAAACACAUGGCCUCUGAAACCAUCUCACAGACCCCAGGGCUCUGCCAGCUCCAGUUUGGAAACCCUGGGUUUAAGCAAUAUCCAACUAAUGACAAACCAAUAUUUUGUAUCUCUAUUUAUUUUACUGUUGCAAAUGCAAAUUCUUAAGGCUAUAAAUUGAAACUACAUAUGUCAAUACAUUGAUCUUAUAACUUCAUAAAAUUAUAGGAUUGCCGUUGCAAUAGCACUAAAUACAGUAACAGGGAAAAUGUAAUUUUUAUUUCAGCUGUCAUUUAAAACUGGUUCCAAAUUUGAACUAUAAUUAAUCCUGUGCAGAUAAUUAUUUACAAAGCAUAUUGGGCCUGUUCGGAUUUUUUUUCGCUCUAAUUGAUGUUAAGUACAACCGUCUGUAUAUAACCUAUUGAGUUUUAUUUUCUUGAGUGCAAUACUUGGCAGAAUGAGUUUGGUUUGCUAUUUUGGAGGCAUAAAAAGCAAUAGAAGAUAUUUAGUGCUUAACGCCAAACUUUUUAUAUGCUUGUCUGGUUUGUCUUGCCACUGUCAAAUAGACAAAAGAUUUAGUAAAUCAAAUAUUGACUACAGUUUCAUCCUAUAACUCUCAUUCCAACGUUUCACAUUGAUAUCCUCAACUCUGCUUGUAUAUUAUACUACUGCCCUAAUUCUAUAGCUGUGUAUGUGGAUUGCUUCGCUAGUUGCUUAGAAAAUUAAUUUCUAAUUACAGAAAUCAUACCCAGGAAAAUAUUGUGUGUUUCACUGAACGCACAUUUUAAUGUCGAUUCAAAGUAGCAUUCAGAUUUUGAAUAACUGCAUUUAGGAUCGCAUGAUCCUUUUGUGCCUCACAUAAGACACUACUAGUUCUUUGGAUCGUGUUACUUCAGUUUACAGCCUCCAAUAAAUCACGUCCCUGAUUUGGGGUGGAAACGGAAGAAUAAGAGUUGCAUUUGAAGUGAAAUAGAUUCAUCCUGUCCAGCUGUCCAGACUUACUCAAAACCAAUAAUUAGUGCUGUAAUACUGUGUGUAGUUAAUUCACUGAAAAGUUAUAAGCAACAAAUUUGUGGUUUCUAUUACAGGUCAGAUACUAUAACUUUGACCUUCAAUCUGCUGAAACUUUUGAAGACACAGCAGAGAUAUGUGAUAAGGUAAAGGUUGAUAUUCAAAUGAUCCUGAGCUUUCUAAAAUCUUAACUUCCAAGUCUGAAAACUGUAUUUCCAAAUUUCAUCACAACAUAUCUAUUUUUCGUGACCAAAGUUUUUGAGUAAGUGCUUUUCUGCAUUUGUAGAAACAUUUGCUGGGCUAAAUUAGAGUGGGAGCAUUAGCAGGUUAUCCAUGUUAUCAACUAUAUAAAAUAUUAACAUUGGAGUUAUUUCUUAGCUGGCGCAGCAGCACCUUUUUGUCUAUAUUAUUUUGUGAACAGAAUUUUGUUCAUCAAACUCUCACUAUUAUUUCUCUCUGUUACGCUACACAAAGCUCAGCUUAUCAGCCUCCACCUGUCAGGAAGGUUUCUAAAGUUAGUGGAUGGGUUAGUCAAUGCACCAGGCCUGAGCUUUCCAAUGUUAAAUGCUUAUUAAAAAAAACAUUGGCGGCAGAACAAGGGAAGUUAUACUGUUACCGACAUGUAGCAUUGACAGUGUAACAAGCUUUUCCAGGUGGUCCCACCACACAAGUCAAACACCAUCAGCAGCAUUGUGCUACACAUUUGGCAUCAAAACAGUACGGUAUAAUUGGAAAGUAAGAUCGAUCCCUAUACACUAUUUCUACAAAAAAGAAUGUAAAAUGUGUAGAUGGCAAGCUUCCUAAACUAUGCCAAUACUUCUCUGUAGCCAGUGGUUUGAUGUCCAGCAGCUUCCUAGAGAUGAUUCUCUCUCUUCUACCCAUGUGAAAGCACGACUUUCUGCUACUCUGAGGCUCAGCGUGGUAGGAAACAGGAAUCCAGUGCUAUUAAGUUGUCUUUGUGAACAGGAAGACCCUCAUUCUUUCUUUCAAUUUCCUUCCUCCUCUAAUUAUGGUUGAUUCCUUUUUUUGUGUGGGGGACGGUUCUGCUAUAUUAUCUCGCCUCUGGACAGGGAUCAGGAACAGCAACCCUGACUCAUUUUCCCCUACUCUAACCCAGAGGAACUGCAGCCAAUUGUGCCAACUUCAGUUGCUCCCUCAAUGAAGAUCAGCUAACAGCACAAGCAACAAUUUAAACUGCACCCUAUACAACUGAGUUUAUGGCAGUGCCUUUAUCCAUUAGCAUAUCAGGGAAGCUUUAAAAGUCUUCUUAAGAUUUACUGUAUUCAUUUUAUUUGCCUGGCUCCUGAAGAUUUCUUAAUUUACUGUCUCAUAAUGAUUAAAUAUUUCCCACAGAGUGGUCUAACGUGCACUGAUCAUGAAUGCCACCAAACACAAGUCACUUGCACAAUUAUUGAAUGAGAAAGUAAGAAUUGCCAUGUGUUCCAGGCAUUACAAGCUGUGCUGUGUUCAGAAGUUGCAGCUCCUCUCUUCUGCUUAAAUAUUAUAAACUGAAUUAAAACAAGUGGCUAAACUAAUUGAUUGGAAGGCGAAAUGAUCUAGACCAGUCAGUUAAACUCCACGUGGGAUUAAGGUAUCUUAAAGUGUAUGCAAAGAUUUUAUCUUAAAAAUCUGUUUUUCAUCAAAAAUGUAUGAAAUCAACCAGUGUUGAUCUCAAACGUCCAUUUUGAUAUUAUAUGAAUUAUUCAUUCAGAAUCCCUCUGUUUUGCAGCCUGGAAAAUAUGAUUUGUAAAUUGAGAACAGCUCACUGUUAAUAUAUCAAAUAAUGUUUUUAAAAUGAAAGUUCAGGAUACCUUUGUUAUGCGAAUUGUGAUGAAGAAUGAUUUCAAUAAAAAUAACGGUUUCAACCUAA